AUGGAAUUCAAGACUAAGAGAAUCUUUGUCUCGUUUCUUUCUUCAUUUAUGGUUGUCUUGCCAUUGUAUUUAAACAAACCCUUUGAGACUAAUUUCAAACCUUUUAGCAUCAAAUUUGCUUCAAUAGAAGAUCAGAUAAUUAUAGAGGUUACAAUGAAAGUUUUGAAGACUAUAUUGUUAUUAGGGCUUGUUGUUGCAAUUAGUCCAAUAGCAAAGGCUAACAUUGGUGUAUUUGAUGAGGUGUGGCAAAACCGAGCUGAAAAAGCAAAGAAGGCUGCCCAAAUAGCCUACGAGCCUAAUCCUGAGAAUGUAACAAACAAUCUCAACAGCCAAACUCACAAGGUGCUGGAAGGUUACAAUAACACAAGAAGAGGACUAGGCAAAUACCGUGGCCCAUGCCUAGCGACAAACCCAAUUGACAGAUGCUGGAGAUGUGAUCCAAACUGGGCUCGAAACCGCAAGAAGCUAGCCGAAUGUGUCCUGGGGUUCGGCCGCAAGACCACUGGAGGCAAGGCGGGCAGAUUUUAUGUGGUAACAGAUCCAUCGGAUAACGAUAUGGUGAAUCCUAAACCUGGGACCCUACGUCAUGCUGUGAUCCAAAAAGGACCUCUUUGGAUCACAUUUGCUCAUGACAUGGUGAUUAGGUUAAAUCAAGAGCUAAUUAUGACCAGUAACAAGACCAUUGAUGGCCGCGGGGCUGAUGUCCACUUUUUUAAUGGUGCUCAAAUCACUCUGCAGUUCAUUCAAAAUGUUAUCAUCCAUGGCAUACACAUUCGCGGAUCGGUACCAGCCAAUGGCGGCAUGAUACGAGACUCCGUGGAUCAUUAUGGUUUUCGUACCAGGAGUGAUGGUGAUGGAAUCUCGAUUUUUGGAUCCCACAAUAUUUGGAUUGAUCACGUUUCCAUGUCUAAAUGCUCUGAUGGAUUAAUCGAUGUUAUUCAGGCAUCCACGGCCAUUACCAUCUCUAAUUGCCACUUCACUUAUCAUAACGACGUGUUGCUAUUUGGAGGAAGUGAUAGCUACUCUGACGAUAAAGUCAUGCAAGUAACAGUUGCUUUCAACCAUUUUGGCAAAGGAUUGGUGCAAAGGAUGCCAAGGGUCCGAUGGGGAUUCGUCCAUGUCGUCAACAACGAUUAUACUCAUUGGCUAAUGUAUGCCAUUGGUGGUAGUAAGAACCCUACCAUCCUUAGCCAGGGCAACAGAUUCAUUGCUCCUGACAUCAAUGCCUGCAAAGAGGUAACCAAGAGGGAUUAUGCACCAAAGAGUGAAUGGAAGUCAUGGAACUGGAGGUCUGACAAUGAUCUUAUGAUGAAUGGGGCCUUCUUUGUUCAAUCUGGGGGACCAAUCGCAAGUAUCAACAGCUACAACGUGGUCAAGGCAAAGCCUGGGACAUAUGCAAGCAGGCUCACAAGGCUUUCAGGCGCUCUCAACUGUAUCGAAGGCAAGCCGUGUUAA